AUGCCCGAAUUGGCGUUGCCUGCUUCUCUUUUCCCCCGCCUCUCUGCUCAGUGCUACACAUUCCUCAAGGAUCUCAAAUAUCACUUGUUUAAAUUUUGUCCUGAUUGUGGCAGAGAUUGCCCGAACACAAAUGCAGCGUUGGACAGACACCGCAGACGGUACUGCCCAUUCGAAAAUCGAGUGCAUCGACGUGAGCAAGAGGCAGUUGAGGUGAUUUUGGCAUUGACGGUGGAGAGAAAUUUCAACGUGCAGCACUUGCUCAGAAGUGACAAGAUCGACUACACGAGGAGAUGGCUUCUUGAUGUGUGCAUCGUACUUAUAAAUUAG